CCGACUGUUGCGUGGAGCAGCUUUCACGGACACAACACGGACCUCCUCGCCUUGUGGUUCAGGAAGAUGAUGGGCUUUCUGCGCCGGACGUUCAGCCGCCGCUUCCAGACGAGAGAGAGGGACGAGCGGGACGGUAAAGGGGGAGGAGGAGGAGGAGGAGGAGCAGCAGCCGGAGGGGUGACCGGGAACCCCUUGCUCCUGGCCCAUCAGCAGCAGGUCGUGCAUGUGCCCGCCGUGGUCAGCGGGGGAGUGUCGGUUCACAUCCCGGCGGCCGGGACCUCGAGGACCACCAUUACCUGCCGCGUGCUGCUGCUGGACGGCUCCGAUGUCAAUGUGGAUUUGCCUAGCAAGUCUAAAGGCCAGGACCUUUUUGACCAGAUCAUGUAUCACAUAGAUCUGGUGGAGACAGAAUACUUUGGAUUGCAGUACAUGGACACAGAGCAAGUCUCACACUGGCUGGAUAUGUCCAAGUUUAUAAAGAAACAGAUCCGAGAAGGGCCUCCAUACAGGCUGUUCUUCAGAGUGAAAUUUUACUCUUCAGAGCCAAAUAACCUGCGUGAGGAAUUCACAAGGUAUCUGUUCGUGUUGCAGCUUCGACAAGAUAUUCUGUCUGGCAAAUUGAAAUGUCCGUAUGAUGUCUCAGUAGAGCUGGCGGCAUUUUGUUUACAAAGUGAGAUGGGAGACUGUGAUCCCUUGGAGCACUCUCCUGAGCUGGUGUCCGAGUUUCGUUUCAAUCCCAAACAGAGCGAGCCCAUGGAGGCGGACAUCUUUGCCAGGUGGUUGGACAUUCGGGCAAAGAGUCCGUCAGAAGCAGAGAUUUCUUUUCUCAACAAAUGCAAGUGGCUGGAACUUUACGGAGUAGAUAUGCACUUUGUCAAGGGCAGAGAUGGAGGAGAAUAUGCACUGGGUCUCACACCGACUGGCAUUUUAGUAUUUGAAGGCCCCAACAAAAUUGGCCUCUUCUUUUGGCCCAAAAUCACUCGGCUGGAUUUCAAAAGGAGUCGACUCACGUUGGUCGUGGUGGAGGAUGACGAUCAGAGUCGAGAGCAGGAGCACACGUUUGUGUUCCAGCUGGACAACUCCAAGAACUGUAAACACCUGUGGAAGAGUGCCGUGGAGAGCCACGCCUUCUUCCGGCUACGCCAACCAACCACAGGCAAGGCCAGCCACAGUGACUUCACACGACUCGGGUCUCGCUUCAGAUUCAGUGGUAAGACAGAGUAUCAGGCCACUCAUGGAGGCAGACUGAGGAGAGCCAGCGCUUUCGAGAGAAGGCCCAGCAAGAGAUACCCCUCCCGCACACAGUCACUGGGCAAAGCUGCCAUUUCUCCAGCUAAGCCAUCACAUAUCAGCUCUCAUGCCAGCCCUGAUCCCAGCCUACAUCCAUACCAACACAACAUUCCUAUUGGCCACGAGCCGUGGCACCCGCCCCACCCGGCACUCACAUCUCCAGUUUACCUGCACCCUUCCGGACACACACCACCACACAGUUUCCCUCUGAGUGGUCCCGCUUCAGACCAUCAGUUCAGCAUUGAAGAGAAUGAGACUUCGUAUUCUGGCAAGAUCCACCACCAUCACCGCCACACACACAGCCAGGAGACGCUCUGUCACACACACACCAAGAACAAACGUCGAGCUCCUCACUGCCCUGCAGAGGAGUUGGAUAUCUCUGAGUCUCUGCUCAAUGCUCUAGAGUCAGACAGUGAAUCUCUCCCAUGGCCUUCGCUGCACAUCAACAUGGACAACAAGGGAGAGGAGAAGCAGCUGUCUGAAAAGUCUCUGCAUCCUCCUCACUCCCCAGCGAUGCUCCCUGAUCAUCUUAAGUGUAACAUCCUCAAGGCCCAGAUGGAGGCGGCCUUCAGGAAGGAAGCUCCAACAACGCCUAGAGGGAAGAAUUCAAAUGAGACCUUUAAUGACAGGUAUCAGAGCUCAUCCCAAGACUCGGCUGCAUCCAGUCUGAUGGCAGAGAAGACGUCACAUCGGCAAGACCUCAACCCAACGUCGGAGAGGCUGCAGCCUAAAGCCAACACAAGCACCACCCGCAGAAAACGACUGGUCAGACAGUUCAGCUUUAACCACGAAGAUGAAGAUAAUCUCCCAGAAGCACUUGCAGCAAUCUCCUCCCAGAGUGCAGGAAAGUCAGGGUCUACCAGCUCAUUGGACCAACAGAUACAGCCGUCCAUUUACCCACAGGUGGAUAAAAUGCCAGCACUGGAGCUGGGUAGUCCAUGCUGUCCCUCUCCUUCGCCUUCUCCCCAUCUUUCCCCUUCUUACUACCAUAGCUCCAUUCCUCGCCUCUCCCCUUACCUUGCUGCCCAUAACGACAGCGGAGAGGAAAUGAGGUUGGACAGAGAGAAAAUACUAAGAACCCUCCUGACGACGGAGCUCUGACACCUUGACCCUUGACCCCUGUGACAUCAUCACCAUGCGCAGCAGAACUGGCAAUUAGUGAGGAAAGUGGGAACGGAGGACCCAAAGU